AAACCAUGUUUAUUGCACAAUUCUCCACUUGGAUUGUGUAUAUUUUUUAUUUGCUUGGAACGUGCUUUGUGUAUAUUUUACUAAAUGGUUCAUAUCUAUUUUACGAAUAUUAUUAUGCCACCACAGUACCGGUUAAGCAUCAGUACGAGUACAUUAUCGUUGGGACCGGGACGGCGGGAUCAAUCAUUGCCGCCGAAAUACCGUCUGGAGAUGUGCUCAUUGUUGAAGCCGGAUCGAUGCGACCAGCUCUGAUGGAUGUACCACUAUUUCAACCUUUAUUUCAAGGAACCAGUUAUGACUGGCAAUAUCGCACGGAGUCACAAAAUAUGGCAUGCAGCGCACUGAAUGAAAAUCGCAGUGCCUGGCCUAUGGGAAAAGUCUUCGGAGGAUCGCACAUGCUCAACAAUAUGGUGCACUAUCGAGCAACAAGAGAGGACUUUGAAGGAUGGUUCGAUACGGAAGAGGAACUAGCAAAGUUUAUGGAAUAUUUCCAAAAUUGGGGAGCAGAUUCAACUACCGCUAUGGAAAUGCAAACAUUCUCUACCGGUUUGGACAGGGCAUUUAUUAGGGCUGCAGAGCAGGCAGGACUGAAUAGUUCAUUAUUCUAUCGCCCAAACGUGACCAUGAAAAAUGGAAGACGUUGGACAACCAGUCAUCAAAGUUUUAGUAAGUCGCUUAAGACUCAUGAAAUUGUAUUUAACGCUGAAGUUGAAAAAAUCAUCAUCGAAAACGGUAAAGCAGUUGGACUCUUAUUUAACAAAAAUAGCAAUUUAGUCGAAGUGAAAGCAACCAAAGGCAUUAUAUUAGCAGCAGGAACCGUGGGAAGUACUAAAAUCCUUCUUCAAAGUGGAAUUGGUCCUAAAGAGCAUCUGGAAAAAGCUGGUGUUCAGACAAUAGUAAACUUACCAGUUGGAAAUAAUUUACAAGACCAUGUAACAACAGGAAUGGACCUAAUUCUUUUAUCAGAACGAAUGCCAAUGCGAUUAAUGAACUUAAUACAUCCAAGAAACUUAUGGAAUUAUUUCAUUAAUAAUGGUCAAAAUUCUUCGAUAUCUUUCGGUGGCUGCGAGUGUCUAGGAUUUGUCAAUUUAGACUCAAAUUUUACUCAUGAUAUUGGUUUUAUGGUGCUCCCGGUGGGGAUAACAGUGGAUGCUGGUGCGCAUCUAAGAGCGCUUAUCAAUUUGCAAGCAGAUGUUUGGAAUCAAUACUUCAAACCGUUGGUGAAUCAGGACAAACAGUCCGUUACAGUUCUACCGAUACUUCUUCAUCCCAAAAGCAGAGGCUACAUUAGAAUAAGCAGUACUAACUCACGUUCUAAUCUUAUCAUCAAUCCCAACUAUUUACGAGAUGCGGACGACGUUCAAACUCUUAUUACUGGACUUAAUAUACUCCAACACAUUAUAAAGCAACCGGCAAUGCAAUCGCUAGGGGCUGAGAUCAAUCCUAAACUAUUUCCAGGCUGCCAGAAUUAUCAAUUUUCGAGUGAUUCCUACUGGGAAUGCUAUAUAAGAGCACUAACGCUAACCCUGUACCAUCCGGUGGGAACAUGUCGAAUGGGAAACGAAAACGACCCUGAAGCUGUUGUAUCGAACCGAAAUCUAAAAGUGCAUCAACUGAGUAAUCUUUACGUCAUAGAUGCGUCUGUGCUACCCAAUUUACCUAGUGGAAAUCCGAACUCGAUAGUUAUGGCAUUAGCAAAUUAUUUCCUAAAUAAAAAUUUUCCACAUCGAUAA